AUGGACGAUCUUCUCGAUCUCAGCUGGCAGCCCACAUCGGUGGCGAAAGCUCAGUCGAAACCAUCGUCGUCGUCAUCGCCAGGCCUCAAUGCUAACGCCAACUCGGCCUUCUCUUCCACCUCGAACGGCACCAAACCCAACUAUUAUGGCUCCUCGUCCGCAUUCGCUUCGUCUUCUCCUGGCAAGCCACCGGCAUCGGUGGUCCCUCCCGCCACUGCAUCCAGACCGAUGUCUGCUUCCAACGAUGAUGCUUUCUCCUCGCUUUUCUCGUCUUCGUCCACAGCCAAGCAGGAAGCCAGCUUGAGCCUGGCAGAGCGUCAGAGCCUCGCCAGGCAACAGGCGCUGAAGAAAGCCGAGGACGACAAACGACGCAACGACGCUCUCUGGUCCGGUAUCGAAUCGUCUAGCUUUGGACGAGGCAGCACCGCUCCAACCAGGCCCGUCCAGGCAGCCGCAACGCAGUCGCCAUCCUUUCUCGCUCUUCAGCGUCUCGACUCACCCGCACCCGCCGUGGUUAGCCCCGUCAAGAAGGCUCAAGAUCCGUGGGACUUCGACGCACUCUCUUCUACAUUGCCAGCGUCCUCCGCGUCGAAUGCCAGCUCGUCCAAGCCGACAUUAUCGUCCAUGGCUACGGCCCCAUCAAAACCUCAAAGCAAAACCCACGACGUGUUCGAUUUCGACAGCUUCGACCAGCCUUUUUCCACUAAUGUUCCCGAAGUGGCUGUUCACGCCGACAACGAUGAACAGGCAGACGAUAUUCUCGGCGCACUCGCCAUGCCCGUCUCAGACGCACCAAAGCAACCUCUCACAGCGCUCGAUCCUCGUAUCGCUUCCCUCUCCGGCUCUGCCGCCACUUCUUCGGCAGGCAGCUCCAGAGUCCCCUCCCCUGCUAGUGGCAGUCGUCUCACCGGUGUUCGCUCUGCCUCGACACGCCCCGGCUCUCCUCCGCCGCAUGUCAUCGGCCAGAUUGUCGAGAUGGGCUUCUCCCCUCAGCAGGCCAGGCAGGCGCUAGCUCGCACCGAUACGGGAUUUAAUGUCGAGGCUGCACUCGAGUUGCUUGUCGGCCAGGGCAACGACGACGAAGAUGAGCGACUCGCACGCAAGCUUCAAGCAAAGGAGCAUCGACAAGCUCAGUCCCAGUCCGCUGCCUUCCGCGACUCGGAUGACGAUGAGGCUUUCCACAAUCAGCAGCAACCUCACCGCCGCCGUCAGCCGCAACAGCGAGAGCGGCAACAGAGCAACAGUGCCUCCGUCCAACCUCCGCAUCGCACUCGACCUACUGAGGACGCGCUCGAUGCGGAAGCAGGCGCCGACUGGCAGCAGCAGGCCGAUCAACUCUACGCUCAAGCCUCCGAGAUCGGUUCUUCGGUGCUCAACAAGGCCAGCGCAUUCUGGUCCACUGCCAAAGCCCAAGCGCAAAAAGCCUUGGAUGAGCGCAACCGAGCCGCAGCUGAGCGUAGCACCACUCCUUCGGAUGCAGGCAGCGAACGCCAUCGAGCACGCAGAUGGGGCGCCUCCUCAGCGGCUUCCCGUAACAAGGAGUGGGAGGGUAAACCCAAAUGGAUGAUCGAUGCUGAGCUGGCACAGGCCAAUGGCGAGGGAACCAACGAUACUGGGCUCACCAAGAGCAAAGACGAGCCUGCAGACCUUGGCGGAUUCAAAGAUUCUGACGACGAGGGCGAAGUGUCUGCUCCAGAGCCAGCUACCCGAGCUCCUCGUCGACCCGCUGCUCCUAUUGCUCCUGCUAGCAACAACAGUGGUGGCGGCGGUGUCUCAGCAGCCGCUGCUGCCAUGUCCUCUGCUGCGAGCGCACUCUGGGGCGGCAGUAAAGCCGACUCUGUCGGCCAAAAGCCCUCUCGCCAGCAGAGCCCUUCUCACCCACCUCCCAAUGUACCUGCUGGAAGCAGCGCGGCUGCGGCUGCCAAAGCUCCGUACGCCUCGCCUAAUCGACGCAGCGGCGGUACAUCUGCACGAUCUGCAGCACCAUCGCCCAUCCCACCCAAAGUUCCGCUCAAGCGCCGUCCUAUCCCCUCGGAUGCGUCGCACUCCAUCUCGUCAGCCAACCGCAACAAGGAGGAAGGCAACGAGCACUUCCGACGCGGUGCCUAUGGCGAUGCUGAAGCGAGCUACACCCGCGGCAUUUCGGCGCUGGAGUCGUCGUCUUCGUCGGAGUCGAUCCGUCUGGUGCCGCUGCUGAGCAACCGUGCAAAUGCGCGCCUCAAGAACGGCGAUGCGCCGGGCACCAUUGCAGAUUGUGACCAGCUGCUUGCCAUUGUGCUUUCGCUAUUUGGCGGUUCGCAGCGCGAUGCAAGCGGGCGCGUGGCAGUCUAUCGGGCGAGUCAGGAGGCUGCCUUGCCUGCCGAGCUCGCGGACGUCAACCUGAGGGAGACGUACGGCAAAGCGUUGGUGCGACGUGCACAGGCGCUUGAGGCCAACGAGCGGUGGAAGCUCGCCAAAGCUGACUGGGAGGUGUUGCUGGAAUACGAGAAGGCGGAGGGAUCGGGGGUGAGGACGGCGAGCAGCAACAUGAAGUUUGCACGCGAGGGUCUGCAUCGAUGCGGCAAGAUGCUGGGUGAGAAAGUGGUGGGUCCAGCUGUGUCGUCUACUGCGCCUGUCAAGUCCAGACCGCGUGCCACUGCCACUGCCACUGCCACUGCUGGAAGCGAAAAGGCGAGCGCAGCCUUCGCCGAUCAACAGCAAAAGCAAGCCGCGGAAGAAUCGGCCAAGUUCGCACUCAAGGACAGCGUCGACGCCAAGAUCGAGGCGUGGAAACGCGGCAAGGAGACCAACCUGCGUGCGCUGCUCUCGUCGCUCGACACGAUCGUGUGGCCCGAACUCGGAUGGAAGCCGAUCGCGCUGCAUCAGGUGCUGGACCAAGCCGGGUUGAAGAAGAACUACACGAAAGCGAUCGCGCGGCUGCAUCCGGACAAGGUCAGCAAGGACGCGACGACGGAGCAAAAGAUGAUCGCCAGUGCGGCGUUCCAUGCGUUGAACGAGGCGUGGAAUGCGUCGCAAGCAUAA